AUGUUUCUGGUGAAGUUGGUACAAACCCGCAGUGUGUCCCAUACGAUCACAACACUAGAAGUACCCCUGUGGGCGGACCCGCGGCGCGAGGCCGAGCUCCGCUGCCAGUACAUGCGGCAGCAGCACGACCCUCCGCUGCAUUCCGUCAAGUGGUACCGAGACAUGCACGAGAUAUUCCGAUAUACGCCGCAAGAGCUAGAAACACGAGCUUUCAACAGUACAGAGAUAUCAGUGACGAAUAGUUCCUGUGACCUUGAAGCAUGUGUUAUCACAGUCAGACCAGAGCGAGGAACAGCGAAGUACACGUGCGAAGUGUCCAGCGAAGGACCUCGAUUCGCGGUUGAUAAACGAUCAGCCAACAUGACACUAGCUGUUAUGCCAGAAUACGAUCCGUUGAUCACGGGUCUACCAACGAUGGUGCAAGUGGGAGAGCAAGCGCUGGUCAAUUGCACGUCAGACUACUCGCUACCGGCGGCCACUAUUGACUGGUUCGUCGAUUCAGAACCACAGGAGGAUCCACUAAUAACACCAGACACAGUGGUGUCUGGCGCUGACGGCGACGGUCUCCGCGCAUCAUGGCGGACGCUGCACGUCUACCCGGACGAUUACCCGACACACCGCGGGUAUCUGGCGCUGCGGUGCCGGGCCACGAUACCGACGCGGCCGCCGCAUGUACGCAGCAUGUCUGUCCGGCUGUACGUCGCCGCCAGACCUCAUAUAUCUUCUUAUAUGUUUAGUAAAAAUAAUGCGGUACCGAGCAGUAGUUCCCGACUGCGGGUGGAAACUGCAUUAUGGACGUUGUUAUUUUUAGUGAGAAGACAAGUGCCUUCGCUAGUGAAGUAACUAGUGUACUGUGACAGACAAACAGACAAACGUGGAGCUGUGAGUGUUAUAUGUUAAGUUGCCGAGUUGUUGAGAUGUCUGCGUUUAAAGAAUUGUGUACUUUAUAUAGUGUUUCUUAUGG